CGACAUCAUGAGGAUCGAGGAGCUCGUCCUCGAAGGGUUCAAGUCCUAUCCCGUCCGGACGCAAAUCACGGGAUGGGACGAAUCGUUCAACGCGAUUACAGGCCUCAACGGAACGGGGAAGUCCAACAUCCUCGACGCGAUUAGUUUCGUCUUGGGGCUCACGAAUAUGGCUACGAUGCGCGCGUCGAACCAGGCCGAGCUCAUCUACAAGCGCGGGCAGGCUGGCGUCACUAAAGCCAGCGUCACCAUCGUUUUCGACAACAAGGACGUUAGCAAGAGUCCCUCGGGGUAUGAGUCGUACAAGCAGAUCACAGUGACGCGUCAGCUGUCGCUCCCGAACACGUCGAAGUACCUGCUGAACGGACACAAAGUCACCCAACAGGCGGUUCAAUCGCUCUUCCAGUCCGUGCAACUCAAUAUCAACAACCCGAACUUCGUCAUUAUGCAGGGCAAGAUCACCAAGGUCCUGAAUAUGCGGCCCCAAGAGAUCCUGGGGAUGGUCGAAGAAGCGGCCGGCACGCGUAUGUUCGAGGACCGCAAAGACAAGGCGAUCAAGACGAUGGCGAAGAAGGAGAAGAAAGUGCAGGAGAUCGAGACCCUGCUCCAGGAGGAGAUCACGCCCAAGCUCGACAAACUCCGGAAAGAGAAGAAGAAGCUACUCGAGUUCCAAAAGGCCGAGUCGGAGCUGCAGAACAAGGAGCGGCAGCUGAGGGCCUGGGAAUGGCAGGACGCCCGGAAGCAAGUGAAGCAGCGACAGAAGGACAUCUCGAAACACGAGGGAGACUCGAAGGUGCAGGAAGGAAAGAAGGAUGGGCUGCAGGAGGAGUGUGACGAUGCGGAGAAACAGAAGGCAGCAGUCGAAGAGCAGCGAAACAAAGAACAGAAGAAGGGAGGCAAGUUAGGCAAGCUGGAAGAAUCUGCCGCUGCCUUGGACAAGGAACUCGUCAAGUUUGGGACGCAGGUGGAAAUCAAGAAGUCAUCGAUUCAGGAGGAAGGAAAACGCGUGAAGACUCUUGAGGAUGAACUCGUAGAGCUCGGAAAUGCCGUUGAAGCCAAGAAGGCUGAAGCUGCAGCCGUGAGCGCCAAGUACGCCAAGGUCAAGGCUACGCACGACGAGAUGGAGGGCAAGCUCACCAACUCGGAAGAGCUGCUCCAAAGUCUGUUGACAGGGCUCUCGAACAAGGACAAGGCAGUUGGCGGGGGUGGCUACAUGGGCCAGCUCGCUGCCGCCCGGCAGCAGGUGACGCAGGCCGAAGCAGAGCAAAAGCAGAAUCGUGUGAAGCUAGACAUGAGCCUUACCGAGCUGAAAGGGCUGGAAACGCGAUACAAAGCUUUGGAGCGGGAGGCAGGUGAUGCUCAGCGCCGGCUUGAAGCUAUGCGGUCGACGGUACAAAGCUGUCGGCAGAAGAUAGCUCAGUGCGCUUGGGACGCAGAGAAAGAGAGCGAGAGCGAAACUAGACUGAAGGAGAUCAGGGGACAAGUGCGAACCCUAGAAUCUAACAAAGAACGUAUCCAACAGGGGUUAGCUAGUCUCGACUUCCAGUACGAUCUCGGGCCACAGUUUGACCGACGAAAAGUCAAAGGUCGUGUGGCUCUCCUGCUGAAGCUCAUCGAAGAAAACUAUCCCGCUGCGCAGGCCUUAGAAGUGGCCUCGGGGAAUAAACUGUACAGCAUCAUCGUCGACGACGAGCAUGUCGGCAAAGCUCUGGUCGGCAGUCGACUGCAGAAACGAAUCAACGUCAUCCCGCUCACCAAGAUUCAAGCGCGGACGAUAGCACCCGGGAAAUGGAGCGCAGCACAACAGAUCGGCGGCUCGCAAGUCAAGACGGCACUGUCACUUGUGCAAUACCCCAGCAACGUCUCCAAAGCGAUGGAAUUCGUGUUCAGCGACACGCUCAUCUGUGAUACGCCCGACGUCGCGAAGCAGGUCACCUUUGCAGACAACGUGCGACUCCGAUCGGUCACGCUCGCCGGCGACGUCUACGAUCCCUCGGGCACUUUGUCGGGUGGCUCAGCCCCGAACGCCACGGGCCUAUUGAUCAAGGUGCAGGAGUACAUCGCUGCGGAGGAGGAACUAGAUGCUGCUCGUCAGCAACUGCAGGAUCUCGAGAGGGAGCUGGGCAAGUCGGAGAAGGUUCGGGAAGAGUGGAAGGUCCGCGUCAAAGAACUGGAUAUGAAGGAACACGAGCUCAGAUUGAUGGAGGAGCAGUUGCAAGGAAGCAACGCGGCACAACUCGAAGUCCAGAUCGCGACCCUCAAGAAGACGAUCCAAGAGCUCGAGGAAGGGACAAGUUCUGCGCAGGACCGGCAGAAACAGGCCGAGGCCGAGUGUGUCAAGCUCCAACGUGACAUGGACGAGUUCAAGAACAACAAAGAGGGCAAGAUCGACGAGCUUAAAGCCGAGAUCUUGAAGCAGAAGUCGGCCCUGCAGAAACAUUCCGUCGGGCUCAAGCUCCAGCAGAAAGAAGAUCAGACUGCCAGGCUCGAGCUCGAGCAAAUGGACGCUGACAUUGAGAGCACGAAGGAAUCGGUGCAAGAAGCCGUUGAUAGCGUGGACACGUUGAAGAAAGAGCUAGAGCAGCUUGAGAAACAGCUUGCCAAGAAACAGAGGGAUUACGACGAAGCGUCCCGAAAGCUAAAUGAAGAACGCGCGACCCUCAAGCGCUUCGAUAAGGAGCUACAGGAGCUCGACAAAGUCAUCAAAGCGAGGAAAACGGCCAUGCACGAUAUCGAUCUCGUCAUCCAGAAGAUCGGUAUUCAGAUAACGGGCUUCAAGAAGGACAUCACAGCGUCUUCGAACUACAUCGCGCAGCUGGAGAAGGAGCAUGACUGGAUCCAGGUCGAGAAAGACCAAUUCGGGAAGCCGGGAGGGCUUUUUGACUUUGCCGGGACGAAUCCUGUCGAGCUCAAGACUCAAGUGGAGCAGUUGAUGCAAAAGAGCAAGGGCAUGAAGAAAACGAUCAAUCCGAAGGUCCUUGCGAUGAUCGAUACUGUGGAGAAGCGGGAGUCCAGUUUGAAGAAGAUGCUGAGCACAGUGGUCAAAGACAAGGAAAAGAUCGAGUACACCAUCGCGGAACUGGACCGGUUCAAGCGAGAGGCGCUGGAGACGACCUGGAAGAAAGUCGACGGCGAUUUUGGCGGGAUCUUCGCUGAGCUUUUGCCCGGAAACUUUGCCAAGCUGCAGCCGCCAGACGGCCAAGAUCUGAUGGAUGGACUCGAGGUUAAGGUGCAGUUGGGCAAAGUGUGGAAGCAGAGUCUUACGGAGCUGAGUGGAGGGCAACGCUCGCUCAUCGCGCUGUCCCUGAUAAUGUCGCUGCUGCAGUUCAAGCCGGCCCCGAUGUACAUCCUGGACGAGAUCGACGCGGCGCUCGAUCUGUCGCACACCCAGCACAUCGGGCAGCUCUUCCGCACGCGCUUCAAGGGCUCUCAGUUCAUCGUCGUCUCGCUGAAGGAGGGCCUGUUCACGAAUGCCAACGUUCUCUUCCGGACGAGGUUCCGGGACGGGACGUCCAUUGUCGAGCGGACGAGCGAGAGGACGGAAAGGUAGCACUGAGGGGGUUGUACAUAGUUUAUUGUAUUGUAUCAUCUGCUGUUAUAUCAUAUCGGUCUUCUGUAAAUGGGGUCAUGACUCGUCAGGGAAGGGCAGAGAAGGGCGAUGUCUGAAGAGAGAGAUGGAGAGAGAGAGCUCAGAGAGAGCUCAG